CCGUGAUCUGUGUUUUUCUCCUGACCUGCCCAGUGUUUCUGCUUUUUCUUAAGAGCGUGGAAGCCAAAUAUCAACUCGGUAAUAUUACAGAAGUGUGCGAGGAGGAGAGGACAGCGUUGGCAUCUGUCCAUGCGCGCUCCACACCGGGCUGUUUAUUAUGAAACUGUGACCCCAGCCGAGGAACAACACAUGCUUUCCAUACCUAUACUUUUUCCAAGUGUUUUCACGUAAGCACAGGGUAUUUUGAGGAUAUCCUGGGUAAAAUGCUCUGAAUGUCGGGCUGUCUCUCAGUGACGCAACAUCUCACACAGACUGCAUGAGAAAUACAUGCGUAGAAGGGCGUGAACUUGCAGACACUAACCUCCUUCCCAUUAAUAAAGCAUCUACUUAUCUUUAAAGGCUGUUUGCUCUUUUUGCGACAUUGAUUCAUCUAAACUCAUCCCGGGGACAUAAUGGAUCUCAAAGCGGACUCGGAGGAUAUGGACUACAAGAGACCGGCUCCUAUUGAAGUUUUUGCCAGCAGGUCCACGCUGCAUGGCAUCUCGCACAUGUUCACUUAUGAGCGGAUGUGUAUCAAGCGCAGCCUGUGGAUUUUGUUCUUUCUGGGCUCCGUAGGUGUGCUGGUGAUGGUGUGCGUGGACCGGGUGCAGUUGUACUUCCAGUACCCCCAUGUCACCAAACUGGACGAGGUGGCGGCUCCGAUGAUGGUGUUCCCUUCGGUCACCUUCUGCAACCUCAACUCCUUCCGCUUCAGCCGGGUGACCCGCAACGACCUGUACCACGCUGGGGAGCUCCUUGCCUUGCUCAACGGCAGGUAUGAGAUCCGGGACCCACACCUGGUGGAGGAAAAUGUCCUGCAGGUCCUGAAGGAGAGGGCUGACUUUGACAACUAUAAGCCCCGCCCCUUCAACAUGCGCGAAUUCUACGACCGAACAGGCCACGACAUCAAGGACAUGCUGCUGUCCUGCUUCUACCGAGGCAUGGAGUGCAGCGCUGAAGACUUCAAAGUGGUGAGUCAGGCAUGUCAAAAGUUAAAGGUCCUUUGCAGGGCCAGCUGGGGCCUGCCAGGACCAGGGUCAGCUGAGCAUAGCUGGAGCCAGGAGGAGUGGGUGACCCACACCAAACGGCUGGUAAACCAGACUGUGGCGGGUCUCACCGGUACACAAGGCGUUUCUCCAAACAAGCACAUCAAGAAAGUCUGCAAGGCUGUGAUGAAAGACCUGGAGAAAAAGUUUCCACAGUAG